CAAUACACCAAUUUGGAGCCCUAAUUGUUAAUUUUUAGGUAAAAACUGUACUCUCUAUACUCGCCCCCAAUUUUCAGUAGCUGUGAUCAUCACAAUUCUCUACUGGCACUGAGACUAUAUUUAUUGGAUUAAGCAUUUCUAUCUCAAAUAGAAACGAGAACUUAUAAAUUGUGGAUGACUUGACUUGAAUUUUGUUCUAUUAGCCAUAAUGAUGACCAAAUAAGAAAAGACAUGUUUCAGGAACAAAAUUGAGUACUUGGAUUGGGGGAACACAUUUUACCUCAAUGGUUAUGGACCUUGUGCCGCCAUCAGGUGAUCAUCACGAGAAAGAGGACUGUGGGCGGCAUACUUGUGUACGAAUUGAAAGUGCUAAUGGAGAACUUCGUGGUACUGUCACUGCUUCGAAGAGUGUUUGCCUGGGAAUAGAGAAUGCAGGAACUAGUUGGAAUGAAAGAACAUCUAAUGGCGCAAAUGUACUGCCAAACACAGAUUCUUUGGCUGUGAAUUGCUAUAGGAACUUGGAGCCUCAUGAUGGUAUGGAAUUUGACUCGAAAGAGAAUGCCUUUUCACAUUACAAAGAAUAUGCUAAGUCCAUUGGAUUUUCCUCAAUAAUAAAGGCUAGCCGUCGAUCCAGAAUUUCUGGAAAAUUUAUUGAUGCAAAAUUUGUUUGCAGUAGAUAUGGAAGUAAGCGUGAACCUUCUACUUCUGGCGCAGAACCUGUUCCAAGUACUGAUGCAGCAGGAAGUAAUCCCGUGAAAAGAAAAAAAGGCAGAAUAAACAGGUCUUGGUCAAAAACAGAUUGUAAGGCUUGCUUGCAUGUAAAGAGAAGGUCUGAUGGAAGGUGGGUUAUUCAUACUUUUGUCAAAGAGCAUAACCAUGAAAUAUUUCCGGAUUGGACCAGUUAUCCUCCAGGUCACAGGAACAUUGAUCUGGGUAAAAAUGAUGCAGAUGCAUUUCAUGCUAUCCGUGGGAGGACGAAAAAGACUUAUGCCUCGACAUCUAGGCAUUCUGGUUUUGUGAAGAAAGUUGAGAAGCAAAAGAAUGGUGGCACAAAUAGUAGUCCUCAAUCUUUGGCUUUAGAUGAGGGAGAUGCACAAGUUAUUCUUGAGUAUUUUCUUUGCAUGCAAGAUGAAAAUCCAAACUUCUUUUAUGCAUUGGAUUUGAAUCAAGAGAAACGCUUGAGAAAUGUCUUUUGGAUUGACGCUAAAUGCAGGCUUGACUGUGGUAACUUCAGUGACGUAGUUCUUUUUGACACUACCUAUAUAACAGACGAAUAUAAGCUGCAGUUUGUUCCUUUUAUUGGCGUCAAUCAUCAUUUUCAGUCCAUAUUGCUGGGAUGUGGGCUGAUUGCAGAUGAGAGUAAGUCAACUUUUAUUUGGUUGAUGCGAGCAUGGCUCAGGGCAUUGGGUGGACAAGUUCCAAAAGUAAUUCUAACUGAUCAAGGCAAAAUACUGGAAGAAGUUAUUGCUGAGGUUUUACCAGAUUCACGCCAUUGCUUUUGUUUGUGGCAUGUACUGAGUAAGAUCCAGGAGAAGCUUGGUCAUGUCAUAAGGCAGCAUGAAAGUUUUCUCUCCAAAUUCAAUAAAUGUAUUUUGAGGUCAGCAACCAAUGAAUUGUUUGAAAAGAGGUGGUGGAAGGUGGUUGCUAGAUUUGAUCUGGGGAAUGACUUGUGGAUUAAAUCAUUGUAUGAAGAUCGGCUAAGGUGGGUACCGACAUACAUGAAUAAAAUCUUCUUGGCAGGAAUGUCUACGAUGCAACGAGCAGAAAGCAUUAGUGCUCUUCUUGAUAAAUGCAUAUUAUGCAAGACGACAUUAAAGGAGUUUCUUGACCAGUAUAAAAAACUGCUGCAAGAGAAGUGUCAAGGAGAGGCAAAUGCUGAUUUUGAGACGAGACAUAAACAACCAGGACUGAAAUCUCCCUCCCCUUUUGAAAAGCAGAUGUCAACUUUAUACACUCAUACGAUAUUCAAGAAAUUCCAAGUUGAGGUUUUAGGAGUGGUUGCUUGCCACCCGAAAAAGGAAAACGAUGAUGGUGAGAAUGGCACAUAUAGAGUCCAAGAUUUUGAAGUAAAUCAAGAAUUCAUUGUCGUAUGGAAUGAGAGGACAUCUGAUACUUCAUGUUCUUGUCAUUUGUUCGAGUACAAUGGAUUCCUUUGUAGACAUGUGAUGAUAGUUCUUCAGAUGGCUGGUGUGCAUAACAUCCCCUCUAAAUAUGUUUUAAGACGCUGGACUAAAGGUGCAAAGAGUAGAGAGAAGACGAGACAAGUAGCUUUGGUUGAUUCCAGAGUUCAACGCUACAAUGAUCUAUGUCAAAGGGCAUUUGAGCUAGGUGAUGAAGGGUCGUUAUCUCAAGAGAGUUAUAACAUUUUAUCUAGUGUUCUGGAAAAUUUUCUGAGAACAUGUGAGACCGUGAAUGAUGCAAAUUUAAAUGAAUCAGAACCUUGUUCUCUCCCAAAUCAAGGUCUUAAGGACCUUGAAGUAUUCACAGAUAGAAACAACCCAAGUAAGAGUAAUGGAAAGAACAUAGCAAGAAAAGAGAAGGAAGGACAAAUAGAUUUCGGAGAAUCAACUGUGGAUUAUCCUUUCGGAUCACAUUCAGCCAUACAGCCAAUGGGACAAUUGAAUACAAAUAUCCAAGGCUAUGCCAACCAUUUAAACAUACUGGGGCUGGGACAAUUGAGUACACUUGUUUCAAUUGAAGAUGGCUCUUAUCUCUCUCAACCUAGAUUGCAUGGACUGGGACGAGUGUAUUUUAGGCGUGCAGAUGCCCAAAGUUCUUUUGGGGUUCAGGACAGUCUCCAGGAGUUCCUUGGCCAACUUUACCAUCUCGUAGUUUGUACAUAUAUGAGACCAUAGCCUUGUGCACAGAACUUCAACAGCAUGGAAUGACGUUGUUGAAGAAGCGUGUCAAAGCGGAGUGAGCGUUAUUGGAGAGCCAGGAAGGGCAUAAGGGACAGAUUGCAGUGGAGUGGAGUGCUGUAACAAGUAUGGAAUCUCGCUUGUUUUGACCAAUGUGAGACACUUCAGGCAUUAAAUAAUCGGUAGGUCAUCAUUAGACUCCGCAAUUUUUUGUCUUUAUGAAGUGUCUUUGAUAGCUAAUCUACAUCUCUGAAUGUGCUUGAUAGUUUUGAGGAAUUGUCUACAUAAUCAGAAGGAAGUAUGAGUGUGUGUAUUAUAACAAAUUUUUUUGUCAAGUUAUAAAAAUACUUGCAGUAAUUACGAAGAUGUUCCUUGUAUUUUGUAAUCAAAUACAUAAUACAAA